UUCAAAAAUAAGGUCAAUCCCAGAGUCUGUCUGGGAAUUAAGGCCUAGAUCCAGUCAAACCAGGGAUGGGCCGGGUCGAGAAAAAACCAACUUUCAUCGCAAACAAAUUUUCUGAUUUUCCAUUAUCACCAGUAACACUAAAAGGACUCAAAGAUUCCAAUUUUACUACACCAACGGAUAUUCAACUUCUUUCCCUUAAACAUUCACUUGUUGGAAAGGAUGUUGUUGGGGCAGCAAAAACAGGAAGUGGGAAAACGUUGGCUUUGCUUAUUCCGUUACUCGAAUGCCUUUGGAGAAAUAAAUGGACAAAAUUUGAUGGGUUAGGUGCUAUAGUGAUCACUCCAACAAGGGAAUUGGCUUUUCAAAUAUUUCAAGUUUUGAAUAAUAUUGGAAGUUAUCAUGAUUUUUCGGCUGCUUUACUUAUUGGAGGUUUUUUUUUCAGAUUUUUUUCUAGGAAAAUUGGGAGUACACCCCCAACUUACCGCAGAGCGAUAACUUUGUUCUAA